UCACUCUGGCGAUCUUCCUCUCUCCCAAAGGACAUACAGGUGCAGAUGGCGCAAGCGAGUGCUAGCCGCCUCGCUCUGACGGUCAAGCUGGAAAUGUACAUCGACGAAUUCUUCAACUCUCCUUUCUUCACGAAUUACUCGUCGUCGUAUCUGCUCAUGACGCUCAAGGAUAUAACGUCUCUGCUGCCGAACCUGCCCGUGAAGAGGCUGAACGUCGAUCGCAGUGGCUCACGACGCAGGAACUUCGUCGAUGACUUCAGCGCAGACGGGAAGACAGCCCCGAGAAGAGAAGAGACGGACAAGCACUACAACGUGUUCAUCUGCCCGAACCGCUCCAAGAACCCCGGCCGAGUGUACAGAGGCCUCGUCCGCAACGAGUUCGCAGGGGACGGCUACUUCGAGCGUUCGGCCGGCUACUCCGUCCCGCCGUGGAUCGUGAGGAGCACCAAACGACUCAUCAUGAUGGAUCGAUUCAAGAGGAAGGAGGAGAUGGAGGAGGAAGGUCGAGGAGCAGAAGAGAGAGGCGGAGGAGAGGGGACAGAAGAGGAAGGUAGAGGAGGAGAAACAGAAGAGGGAGGUAGAGGCGGAGGUCCAAAAGAGGGAGGAGGUAAAGAAGGAGGAGAAGAGCAGAAGAAAACACUUGUCUUUAGUUCAGAUAUCCCUUAGAUAUAGUAAACUUGUAAGAAAACAGUUUUCUUUAGAAUUCAUCGGAAAUCCUUGGAUGAUAGAUAGAAAUAUGAAGUUAAUUGCUCUUUUAGGAC